AUGUCCCAGAGUAUUAUUGUGGCCAUCGAAGAAGGUCGCGAACCAGCCAGUGGCUAUUUUGCCAACGCAGCCCGCAAAGCAUGGGAUGUCAUGUCCUCGACAGCAGGCAUCAUCUCUCGCCAUCCAUCAGGACAGCCGAAGACACCAGAUGAUAUCGCCGCAGGUCUGCGCGAAUAUUGCCGAGGAGCGGGGGCCAUCAUGACGCUGGAUACCACUGCACACUUGCUCAUCUCGGGUCUGGACCAGUAUACGGGCACCGAUCAGGAGAGUUAUUUAAGGGUUCCAAUCACCGGGGUAUCAACCCCAACGGCUGACCCCCCGACAGUGGCCGAGAAGAAUCUUAUGCUCUCGAUGAAAAUGUUCGCGACGGCGCAAGCCAGCAGGCGGGUCGCUCUCCUUAACGUGUUCAUCAGUUGGACGGAGUUCAAGAGCGGCCUUGUAGAGCUAUACAAGCAAAUCAACAGUCGUCCCCCCAAGAAGAAUGAGGCGUCGGAUUGGCUCAAACUGUACCUCAGAGGGAGACCUGAGCUUUUAUACGCGCUUGCGGAGCAUGCCAGCCUGACGGACAGGCUCCCACAAAGGCCCCCACCCCCACAACACCUUCCGCUACUGACGCCUUUCACGCCCUCCAUCUCCUCUCAUGGGGAUAUCAACCCCGACUGGCCCUCCAUCUCCCUGGCUGCGGAAAGAAGAGUCGAUGAGGUCAUACAGGAUGUCGUCAAGAACAUGACCGACCUUGCACGGAAGGGCAGUCACUACGCCUUUUUGAUGGCGUUGCUGCCCGGUGUUAUCGCCGUACCUCCAACCUUCUUGCCUCUGGAGAUUGAGACGAUCCCGGCGCGUAACCUGCAUAUCAUCACGACCGAGUUGACCAAGGUGCGGGGCCGUAUUACGGACUUCCCGGCGGCAGACGCAAAUGCAUUGCUUCGCAUUAACAAGGCUCUCAGCAAUUCGAAUUUUUACGAUAGCGUCAAGCGACAUAGCAGCGCUAAGUAG